CUGUGACGUAAACAGCAGGGGGUAUGAGAUUUUUAGGGUUCGACAAAGAUUGUCGAGACUGUUUCACUGGUGUUGCAAUUGCGUUUGCAACUUUAGGCAUAUUUUGGGCCUGUUUGAUUAGCAUAUAUGAUUUAGCCGCUGUACACGACGCAUAUUUUAUUUCCAGCAUGGCUACUGAACGUGAACAAAACUUAGAGAAGUUCAAAAAAGAGGACCAUUCUGCAUUUGUUGUCGGGUACACUGGAGAAACUGGCAAGGAAAUAGUGAAGGAGUUGAAUCAGUCAAAACCAUUCAAGAGGGUGGUCCUCAUUGGCAGAAGACAGACAAACAUAACUGAGAAAUUGGGAGGAGAAUUUGAGGAGAGAGUGGUGGAUUUUAACAAUCUGGAUGACUAUAAGGAUGCUUUUGAGGGGUGUGAUGUUGGUUUUAAUGCUCUGGGAACGACAAGAGGAAAAAGUGGAGUUGAAGGCUUUGUAAAAGUUGAUAAUGACUAUGUGCUGAAGACUGCAGAGAUUGCCAAAGCUAGCGGAUGUAAACAUUUCAUACAUUCAUCCUCCCAGGGCACUGAUAAAAACAGUUCCUUUCUUUAUCCAAGAAUAAAGGGUCAGGUUGAAGAAAGUUUAAAAGUGUUACAUUUUGAGAGACUGUCAAUUUUCAGACCAGGGAUAUUGAUAUGUGAUAGAGAGGAAAGCAGACCUGGAGAAACUGUCCUGCGUACUUUUCUGAAACCCAUUUUUUACUUUUUCCCAACUGCAAUAUCUACCCCCACAGAGGUGGUUGCGCGAGCAAUGGUGAACAAUGCAAUCAGUGCCCCAUCAGAGAACAAAACAGAAUUAUUUGAAAACAAAGCAAUUCAUAUGUUAGCAGGCAACUUAAAACCAAAACCCAGUGAGAUGGUGAAACCAAAAAAGAAGACAGAGAGCGAAGAUAAUCAGGAACUAUAACUCUGUCAAGAGGUCUUCUCCUCCCCUAAGACUGAGGAUAAAUCAGGAACUGUAACUCUGUCAAGAGGUCUUCUCCUCCCCUAAGACUGAGGAUAAAUCAGGAACUGAAACUCUGUCUUGCUUCAAGUGUACUGCUGUGUUGGACAAAGUAUGCAGAAGUGAUUUCCAAGAUUUUAAAAAAAGAAAUACCUCCUUUUUUUAUUUUUCACCUAAAAAAAUGUUAUGUUCUGACCUUGAAGUUUUAUGUGUGUUUGUUAACACUGUUAACUUAUUAAUUGAUGCAUAUACAAAUGUGUACACUUCAUUAAGAAUCUAUAAAGGGUGGAUAUAAUAGAAAAACAGGUAUUAUGGAAUGUUUUAUGUUGAUUUUUAUAUUUUAUUAUGAUAUAAUUAGCUUAUGACACAAUGUAUGCCUUAUCCAGUUGCCUAAUACUUUUAUUUAAUCACUUACAUAUAUAUAUGUUAUGUAUAUAUAUAUAUAUAUGUCUUAUUAAUGUUUGGUAUUAUUAUUUGAGUAAUUGAAAGGCAUAACUGGUUGAAUAAUUUGGCACUAGUCUUGGCCAAGUUUCAUGUUGUUAAAUAGCACAGCUGAUAAAAAAAAAAAAUGAUGUCAGUAUCUGAAUUUUUUUUUAACCCUAGCUUGAAACACUUAUACAAAAGUACACUAACCUUUAUAAAAAUCUGAUAAUACCUUACUAAAUUUUGAUCAUAUUUAUUUUAAUCAGAUUUGAAAUUUGAAAGUGACAGAUGCAAAGUCUUACCCUGGCUUAUGAUGAAUUGCAAUUAUUGUCAGACAUAUUAUUCAAAUUGUCUAUUUGAUAUACAAUUUUUUUUGGCUUUUGGAUCAUCCUUUUUCUUGACAUUUUCCUAUCUUUUAUAUAUGUAUAAUUAACAGAGCAAGAUGCAGUACACAUUUACUCAACAGAUCAACAUAUGGUACUCAGUUAGAGCACACAUACUAAAACCGAUUAUAAUUAUUGUUGGUUUUUUGUCUUUCAGUGCUUUGAAAAACGUAUUAUAUGAUUGAAGUGACACUUUAAUACAUCAGUUUUGCAUCUAAUAUACUUCAAAAUCAAAUAAAGAUACAAUUUGUAGAUACAACACGUGGAAUUUUCCAAAGUAAUGAAAUACAAUUGUAUUGCAUUGUAGAAGGAUAUUUGAUAAAAUUGAAUAUACUAUGGAAUCAUUAGAUUUUACAUUUGCUCAAUUUUUGUGGAAUUCAUGGAUAACUCUCAUCCACGAAUUAACAUCCUCCACAAAUUAGUAAACUAUGGUAACAAAGUCAUAGUUCCUUCUGUAGGUAUGAGAAUACACAAAAUUAUGUCCCUACAAACCUGUAAAAUUUAAGCAAUGCAUGAAAAUUGGCCCCACAAAUUUUAAUGAUUCCACAGUAUGUAUCACAGUGUAUUAACCAAAGUCAACUUGAAUUUGAGCAAAACAUGAUUUUCUUACCAAACAAUCCAAAAAGGCCAUAUGUAGUAGAUAUUUGUGCAAUAAACUUAAUACUUGUAGUAUAUAACAUGAGCAAGAAAAAGUGGGCAUCUUUAAGAGUUUGUGUAUGUCUUUUUUUUUAAAACUUAUUUAUACAAAAUAUCCUCAAAACUUAUACAAAAUGUCUUCAAAUCAUCACACAUCUUCAUAUUUGUGCAUUGACCUUGACAGUACAAGAACAAUUGUUUGUAUACACCAUCAUGCAUGUCAUACCUCAUGGUAGUAGAUUUAACACUGUUGACCACACUAAAUGGAUCAUGCUUUUAAAGGAUGCACUAUUUUUUGAAAACAAAGAAAGUCUUGUACUUGAUUGAAAUACUUGUGAUUCAAUAUGUAAUAAAAGUAACAAUACUA